GCUACCCUAGGUCCCUAACCACUUGGCACGACGCAUCACGGCAGACGCAGCCUACCACACGCUGCCGACCCCUACCACUCGCAGCCUGAAACGGCAAGGCUGAUGAGCUGCCACCGCCACCGCCAUGCCUCGCCCGCAUCUCCCGUCAGCUCUCUCCCUCAAGCGCGUCAAGAGCAGCAGCAACACCUCCUCGAGUAAUGCCAACAACAACAUCAACAACAACAAUAACACAUCUGCGCCGACAACCCCUCUAGCGACACGCUCCUCAAGCCCCGGCUACCUCAUGUCCAAUGCGUCACGGCCUCCCGCGAAGCCAAUGGAAGGGGAUCAUAUGGGCAUGGGAUUGCUCCUGCAUGUGCAAGUGCUCAAAGCCCGCAACCUCGCUGCCAAAGACAAGAGUGGUUUCUCUGACCCCUUCCUCGUCUUGACUCUGGGCGAGUCCAAAGAGGCGACGAGUGUGGUGGGCAAGUCGCUGAAUCCCGAAUGGAACCAGACCUUCGAGUUUCCCGUCACAUCGCCCGACUCGGCCCUACUCGAAGCCGUGUGCUGGGACAAGGACCGCUUCAGGAAGGACUACAUGGGCGAAUUUGAUGUGGUGCUGGAGGACAUCUUUGCUGCUGGCAACCUCCAUCCAGAGCCCAAGUGGUUCAAGCUGGAAGGCAGGCGGAAUGGGAGGCGGAAGCAGAAGAAAGACAGCAACAUCUCGGGCGACGUCUUGAUCCGCUUCAAGCUAUCGGACCCCAUCCACACCGCAGCGACGCCGCAGCAGAUCCUACAGAGGUUUUCUGGACUGGUCUCAGACCCGGAGCAAGACGACGAUGAAGAUGACGACGAGGAACUCCUUCGCAGGAUGAAUAGCAGCAACCUGGAUGACCUGGACGAAGAGGACGACGACGACGAGAAGGAGCCUUCCGAUGAGACGGAUGAUGGCGCGAGAACACCAGUGGGCACGUCUUCGGAGGAAAAGCAACGCCACAAGCGUCGGAGAAAGCUCAGACGACUUCGGCGUAAGAAGAAGACGAGCGCAUAUGAGUUUGGCGCCACUUCAGAUGUUGCUGGAGUGCUGUACCUCGAGGUCAACAAAGUCACUGAUCUGCCGCCGGAAAAGAACAUGACCAAAACCACCUUCGAUAUGGAUCCGUUCGUCGUGACCUCGCUGGGCCGCAAGACCUAUCGCACCCGCGUCGUCAGGCACGAUCUGAAUCCUGUCUAUGACGAAAAGCUGGUGUUCCAGGUGCAGAAGAAUGAACAGAACUUCAGCCUCUAUUUCGCUGUGGUGGAUCGUGACAAGUUCUCUGGAAACGACUUUGUAGGCACUGCCAAUUUCCCACUGGAGCGAGCUCGAGAGCUCGCGCCCGAGGCCGAUCCAGACACGGGCCUUUAUAGACUACCUGAUCCCGAGGCAGUAGAGUCAGAGUACCAAAAGCGUAAAAGAUUUCGCAAUCCACUGUCCAGGUCGUCGAGUCGAAAUGAUCUCCCCAAGCUUAACAGCAAAGCCAACUCGUCGACCAAUCUCAACAAACUGGCAAAGUCAUCGAGCAGUAGCAAUUUGACGACUCUGACUUCACUGCCCCAAAACGAGGCAUCUCGACCAUCUCUGCAGCAGCGCACGUCGGAGGUAUCAAUUGGGGAUCGGACGACGAGACCGCCGGCAGUGCGCAUGUCUAGUAGUGGUGCGCUCACAUCUCACGACGACCAAAAUGCUCUCGAUCUUGCCGACGAAGCUGGCUUGCAUGCUUUCGAACUUCCUCUCGAACUCAAGAACAUCCAGCGCUGGGAAGGCAAGCAUCAUCCGGUACUUUAUAUUCGGGCCAAGUACCUACCAUAUCGGGCUCUCCGCCAGCAGUUCUGGCGCGUCCUAUUGCGACAAUACGAUGCCGACGAGAGUGGCAAGAUUGACAAGAUCGAGCUUGUCACGAUGCUUGACACUCUCGGCAGCACGCUCCACAACAAGACCAUCGAUGGCUUCUUUGAACGCUGGGCAGACGUCAAUGGUGAAGAAUAUCUGACCCUGGAUCAGGCCGUCAUCUGCCUGGAGGAACAGCUCAUGAAGAGCCGUGACUCUCUCCCCUAUGCAAGUCAUCGCUCGUCGGCGAACGCGGACCCGUCCACCUCGACCGCGCGCUUCACUACUGUCACCAAUAGUCCCAGCUCGCCCGAGCACAGCCCUGCAGUCGGAACACCCUACCUGGACGCUUCCGACCCUCUCAACUACCGUCCUCGCCAGACCUCGAUUCCCGCUUUGGAGGUCAGUGAUCUCGGUGAUAGCGGUGAGAUGGGUGACUAUAUGGACGGUCUGGAGGAAGAGCUCGGUGGUGACCCCGACUCGAAAGAAGAACAUGUUGUGGAGAUUUCCGAAUGCCCGAUCUGUCACCAACCUCGAAUAUCCAAAGGUCGCAAGACCACUGACGCGGACAUCAUCACACACAUCGCGACAUGCGCCAGCAGUGACUGGCGAGCAGUGAACAACUUGGUUAUGGCUGGCUUUGUGACCAGCUCUCAGGCGCAACGAAAGUGGUACUCCAAAAUCAUCACCAAGGUCUCGUACGGAGGCUACAAACUGGGUGCGAACAGUGCCAACAUUCUGGUCCAGGACCGACUGACGGGACAAAUCAACGAGGAACGGAUGAGCAUCUACGUUCGACUCGGCAUCCGUCUGCUGUACAAAGGUCUAAAGAGCAGAGAGAUGGAGAAGAAGAGAGUGCGAAAGCUCCUUCGCUCCAUGUCGUUCAAGCAAGGUCGUAAGUAUGAUGACCCAGCGUCGGCAUCUCAAAUCACGGGUUUCAUCAACUUCCACCAGCUCGAUAUGAAUGAAGUCAAGCUGCCCACGGAGCAAUUCAAGACAUUCAACGAGUUCUUUUACCGCGAGCUGAAGCCUGGAGCCCGGCCUUGUUCGGCUCCAGACGACCCGAAUGUCAUUGUCAGCCCCGCCGAUUGCCGCUCGGUCGUCUUCAACCGCCUCGAAGAUGCACAACGCAUCUGGGUCAAGGGACGCGAGUUCAGCAUCGAGCGAUUGCUCGGAGAUGCUUACCCACAGGAUGCGAAACGAUAUCAGAAUGGCAGUCUCGGGAUUUUCCGGUUGGCACCCCAGGACUAUCAUCGUUUCCACAUUCCCGUGGAUGGAGUCAUGGGAGAGCCAAAGCUCAUUGAGGGCGAAUAUUACACGGUCAAUCCCAUGGCUAUUCGCUCCGCGCUCGACGUCUAUGGUGAGAACGUGCGCGUUGUUGUGCCGAUCGACUCCGCCUGCCACGGACGAGUCAUGGUCAUUUGUGUGGGCGCCAUGAUGGUCGGCUCCACAGUGAUCACGCGCAAGGCGGGCGAAAAGGUCAGGAGAGCGGAGGAACUCGGAUAUUUCAAGUUUGGAGGGUCGACACUCCUGUUGCUGUUCGAGCCAGGGAAGAUGAGAUUCGAUGAAGACCUCGUCACCAAUGCGAGUGGCGCUCUGGAGACUUUGGUCCGCGUUGGCAUGGCUAUCGGCCGCACCACAGGCCACUCUGCCCACAUGCCGGAUCAACCCAAGGCAAAUCCGACCGAAGAAGAGAAGCAGCGUGCAAAGCAGCGUAUCGAAGGCUCACUGGCACCCAGCUUACGACACCAUGUCUCCACUGCGAUGUAGCAAGUCAAGUGAGCAGCACACAUGACGAAGAGACGAUUGCAUUACGAGAAGGUUGUACGAAUGACGAGAAAGACGACGAAGCAUCCAGCAUACCUGAGUUAUUGGAGGAGGGAACCUAAAAGUACCUGGCACACAGAAGAAGUCCUAGCAUCUAAAGGCAGUCGAAGCACAGAACAUGUGGAUUGAGUGGAAGGAUGGGAGAGUCUCAACAACUUCUCCAAACACAUGGCAGUCUGUAGAAAUGGGCAGCAGACCUACAAUAUGAGAAUGGCAUUUCACAGGAAC